CACCUUUUAACUGCAUUGUAACCACGCUUUAACUUGGUAUCCAAGCACUAAACGGAUAAGGAAGCCUCGUACGUGCCGAAUGGAAGCCGAAUAGAACCGAGCGAGCAUUGGGCAUGCCGAUUGUUCAAUUUCCGGCCGGCUACUUGCCGUCUGUCUGCCUCAGCCUGCAUCGUUACUCUUUUUUAUCGUGUUAGUUUGGACUUUUGCCUGUGUAGUUUCAAAAGGGCUUCCAAACAUGAGUGUUUUAAACUCCGUUGUGAUUUUGUCCUUGUUUAGCGUUUCUCUCUUUGUGAAUUCAAAUGCGUCAGUUUGGCCUUUACCGACCUCCAUCUAUCUCUCCGGACCGCCUCUUCCGAUUUCGCCAGUUUUUACCUUCAAAACCUCAUCAACAUCGGGCGUCCUCAAGCGUGGAAUCACUCGCUACUUGGAAAUAAUUCUGCAGCAAAUUGUUGGGGAAAACGUGGAUCACCAUCUCAGAGCUAACCAAACCUUGAGUGAACUUGUUCUGAGUGUUCGCAGUGACAACGAAAGUUUGCAAGUUGAUACUUCCUACUGGUACAUUUUAAAAGUAAGCAAUGGAAAGGCUAGUAUUGAAGCGAAAACCCCUUAUGGUGCACUGUAAGUGACCUAAAAUAUGUUUAACUAGUAUAGUCAUACCAACUCCCCUCGCCUCACCUUUCCCCACCCCACCCAAAAACGUUUUUGACAUGCCGUUCUCCUCAGGUAUCAAUUCCAACCGAGAGGGGUACGAAUCCCUUUAUUAUGGGAUAAACAACAGGAGGUCUACAUAACUAGAAAGAGCACAUUGAGGUUAGCAACAUUCUCAAGCUUGAUGUUUAUUGGGCCUAUAUCGAACAAGAUACAGCCAUUCAAAACCUCCAAAAUUUACUAAGAAAAAUAUAUAGAUGUCCAGAGUGUGUGUCCCACAAUCCAUACAUCUCUUAUUAAUUUUCAAGUUUAUAAAUAGCUGUAUCUUGUCCAUUAUUGACCCGAUUGACACCAGACUUGAGAUUUUUGCUUAUCUCAAUUGACUCUUCCUGACUACUUGACAGUAGGUCUCCUGUUGUUUAUCCCAUAACAAACCAGCCCAUACCCAUCCCUCCGUAGUUUGAAAUUUGGCAAGACACUAGCCUAAGCAGUAGAUUCUGAUAUGAUAACUCCUUUGUAAAGAAAAAUUGAGAUUUGAAGGAAGAUAGUGAUUCCAAGUUCAUUUUACGACAACCGGGCAGUAGAUAUACUGUAGCCAGGAUCCAUGGUGAGUUGAACCUGCACUGGCCUGAUCAAGCAUUUCAUUUUUGUGAGAAGAGAGGGAAAAAGAGAAUGCCUGAUACCAAUAUAUGACAGCUAUAUAUCCUACAUAUAGCAUUAUCCACCCCCACCCACCCCGGCCCCGUCCUCACUUCUGGGUUAAAACCCUGUUUCGGAGGUCAAGUUUAUAAAAUCUGGAGUUUGAUAGGCAGGAUCCUGAAGUGGAUUCCAGCCAAGCUAAGGGCACUUCAGUUAAGCAGAUAUUAAAAGUGUGAGAUUGAUUUUGACUCCUCUUGCAGGUAUGGAAUGGAAACUUUUUCUCAACUGAUUGUAGAUGGAAAUUUGAUAAACAGUACAGUCAAUAUUGAUGACCAACCGCAAUAUGUGCACAGGGGCCUUAUGUUAGACACUGGGUAAGCAUCAUGCAUUCAUCUCUCAAUAAUUUUUAAUUUUUUCAGUGGUGGUUAAAAGAUUUUGUUGCUAUUGAUUGUAUAUUUUUUUUACAGGCGUAGAUAUUUUCCUUUUGAGCUUGUGAAGAACAUUUUGGAUGGCAUGAGCUUUGUGAAGUUAAAUGUGCUUCACUUGCAUAUUUUGGACUGGUGUAGAUUCAGUGUACAGAGCAAACUGUGAGUAUUCAAAGUACAGUUGAAGCUCUCAUAAGCAACCAACCAAAAUGGCAAGAACUCCCUGAUUUCUAAUAAAAAAAAUUAUCCUAUUUCCAGACUAAACUGUUUGAAAACCAUUCCCUUCACAGCGACACAUGUCGAAUAGUUUAUAUCCUGUGUAUUCCAGUACCCCCUGGUACCACCUGGUUGAGUAGGCAUUUAUGGGGAGGGAUGAAAUACGAGCUCCCCCAAAUUAGCCUGCAUGAAAGGCUACCUGAAACUGUGCCUUGAGUUAGUAAUUCAUUCUUUGGAUUGUAGGAAUGUUACAUUUUGCAAUUGAAAUACAAAAUUUAUGUUAUUUAAAUGUGUUUCAUCUUUUCUCUUAUUCUUUUCAGUUACCCAGAACUACAAGAACACACAACUCAGUUUUAUACCCAGGAGCAAAUCGAAGAUUUAGUAUCUUAUGCAGGUGACAGAGGAAUAAGAGUUAUUCCAGAGGUUGAAUCAGCGUAAGUUUGCAAUUAAAAAUCAAAAAGGGUGGCAUAGACCAUUGUCACACGGCAGCCAUUUUGUCUCUCUUGUCUCUGCUGAGACAAAAGGGCUGCCACAUGACAAAGGUCUAUUGAGGCGUUUUAUGGCUGUGGAGGGGUGGGUGUGGGGGAGAGGGAAGGGGCAAGCUGGCUUGCACCAAACACUAGAUUCCCUUGUGCUCUGUCUGUGAUGGAACAGUCAGCUAACUAGUAAUUAAUCAGUUGAUAAUAUUGCCCUACUUCAACAAUUAAUAUUUUUUUUACGAAACAUUUCUUUCAAUAAUGAAGGGUGGAAAGGCUCUCAGACAUCAAGUCUUUAUGUACAUGGACUGUAAGUGUUAGUGUCAGCAUGUCUGUGAUCCAUGUAAGAUUAUUGCUAUGUUUUACAAGUCUUGUAUUAGGUUCUCCUGUUUUUCCCCCUCUGGAGGCAAACAAAACACACUAGUUACUUGUUUGUCAGUUGGUUUAUUUCACAUUGUUAUGUUAUAUUUGUUAUUAUGCAGUUCCCAUGUUGCUGGAAUGAUUGGUCUGAUCAACAAAACAAAAGGACUGAGAUUCUGCAAUGAUUCAGGAUUUCUUGAACUCUAUAAUGACCCACAGGUAAAAUUAACUGCAAUCAACUCUCAGAGUUUUCAUUCAAAAUAUCCAUGACUACUGAUGACUAUUGCUGAUUAUCUGUUUGGCUACAUAAGAAAAUUUUUUAACCAAGGAAGGUAAACCUCACGAUUUCUCACAUUGACAGGCAGUUGACAAGGCUGAUUAAAGUGCUGAGUGAACUACCAAAGCAAGUAGAAAAAGUGGAGACUGUUGGAGCCUUCUUAUUGCUUUAAUUUUUUAAAGUCUUCUCAUGCCUGUCUAAUAUUCUACUACGAAGCUGAAUUGAUGUGCUAUUUAAUAGCAAAGUUUUCAAGAAAGUAAAUAAAUCCAUUGUUUUUUGUUCAUAUGGAGGCCCUGCCGGGGGAGGGGGGGGUCAAUUAUGUCGCCCAUCUGAAUUUUAAAACGUCUCGUGUCCAGCCUCCUCCUCAGGCGCUUCGUUUUUCGCAUGGCAGAGGCGAGUGCGAAACGAGUGACUGGUGAUGAACCGCACAUUUUCAUCAAAAGAGAGACGUCUGGGUACGAGGCAGUCUCGUGUCGGUGUUUAUAAAUGCUUGUUGCUUAUUGUCGGCUUUUCCGUCACUGUCACAAUUUGGCCGGGGGAGGUUGUCUCUUGUCACGAUUUCAUUUUAUGCACUAUCGCUACUUUUUGGGCCAUGUGGCUUGUCGGAAUUUACCCUGGCAGGGCCUCACUAAGUGUUAUUGGGUGAUCUGGUUUCCCCUCAGGACUUGGCAAAAGUCCUCAAGUUGAAGUGUCCUCUAUUAAAUUAUUACAAAACACCAAUUAAUCAAUUAAUUAUGUAGCAGAUGUAACACUAAAAGCCUCUCUUUUCAUAAGGCUUGAUUAGUUUAAAAAAUAUAAUUUAUCAUUAUGAGAAGGUUUUUCCGUAGUUUGAGUCCUUUAGUUAAUACAUGUUAGCAGUGUUUGUUUACUUAGACAUGUAUAUGAUAUGAUUAUCCAAUUAGUAUCAUUAUUAUUACUAUAAUAAUAAUAAUAAUUAUUACUUUUAUUAAUGAGUCUUAUGGUGUACUUGCUUCGACAAGGGAGUAACUCUUACCACAAUGAAAAAUAUCCUUGAAGAAAUGAUGACAUUGUUUCCAGACCAGUUCUUUCACCUGGGUUUAGAUGAAGUUACAACAUCCACUUUGUGCAGCAUACAAAGUAGGUUAAUUUAAUUACAGAAAGUUGAUUGUGGCAUAAUAAAAACUUUGAAACAUAAUCACUCUUUAACGUUACAUGUAUUAAUGUUAAUUUCUACUUAAUUUUUUAUUUCAGGUAAUUUUUCUUUUUCUUUUCUUUUUCGUAUAUGGUAAUAUACGCUAAUAAAGUUGAAACAAAAGAAAAGUAAAAAUUACUUGAGAUAGGAAAAAUAGCUAUGUAACAUAUAUGUUCUUAAAAUAAUUAAAUUAGGUUGACGUUUGUUACUAAUGAAUAUAUAAUUAUUGUAACUUCUCAUUUUGAAAUAAUUGAAGAUAGUGUGGUUUUUCAUUAAUAGCUAAGGACCGUUUUGGGAGAAGACAUUUAUUUGAAAGUUGGUUAAAUGCAACAAAAGGAUUUUUUAACCUUGACAUUUUUGUUUUUCGUAUUAAACUACAGAAUUAGUAUCUUUUGAUUUCAAUUAUUGAAAUCAGUCUUAUGGUGUAUCAUAAAGAGUGACUGACUACGGCCCUCACUUGGGGACAGCAUUUAUUAAUUAAGUACCUCUUUGUCCAAAAUGCGGCAGUUAAUUGAGUGAAUACUGGAUGCAAACUUUCAUUAUGACUUAAUAUGAUUUCAUCAUUAUGACUUUAAGUUUGACAUAGUAUGUUGUCAAGCAUUACUUCAGGUAAAAGAAAAUCUCUGUAAAUGCAAUAACUUGGGUGGUUAUUUUCUACACAGAUACCAAAAGCCUAGAGCAAGAACUAAUGAAGUUUCUAGUACAGAAAGGAAAAAUUCCAUAUGCCUGGCAAGAGGCUUUGAUAUCAACUUCCGCUGUAAGCAUUAUGUAUGUAUUAUAUAACAUGCAUCUUUUUUGCCUGGAUGAAGAGCUGUUUUCAAGUAUUUAUUUAUUAUGAUUUCAUCAUAGGCAAUAAAAGGAACGGUGCUCCAGGCAUGGAAAGGCUCAGUAGUAAAAACCCUUAUAGAUGGCGGAUUUCAAGUGUAAGCAAGAAAUAAAGCUGACUGUACAAUAAAUUAUAUCAAUUUUGACAAAUUAGCAAUAUUUUUGAUUGAGUAAGACUUGUAAAGUUCAACUUCUAAAAUAAUAAGUUGUUUUCCCUUAACAAAACUUUAAUUAGAAAACAAAAAAAAAGGGCAUUUUACCAAUCCUUAUUUGAUCGGUUUGGGUAGGAGAGGUUUGUCUAUAUUAUUAUUCAUCUCCAUCUUGUUUUUCAAUUUGACAGGAUCAACUCUCUGAGCGGCAAUUUUUACCUAAGUAGCCUUGUGGAUUUUAGUUCACUAUGGACUAAUAUUACAGCAGGGGUAACUACCAUUUGUAAUUAAAGUCUUUUUUUUAGUUUGAUCUUAUCCCCAGGGGCUUCUCAGUUUUUAAAACGAGAAAACCCUAGAAAUGAGUUUCGAAAUUUUCAUGCAAAUGAUCUCUAUAAGAGUAAAGACACAUAGCAUUACAAAUUUGGCAGCUUCAAGGCAUAUUAUUAAAAAGAGAUUAAAAGGCUCACUUCCGGUUGACAUUGCGUCGCUCAAAAACGCCUUUGCUUAAACCCCCUAAUGAAAUAGGAAGAUGAACAUUGAGUGAAUCUUCAAAAUAAUCCAUUGACCCUUGAAAUCUUUUGAUAGUACAGUAAGCAGUACAAAAGAUCUGAAUGGAAAUAACUGACAAGUGACUUUUGCAGGAAUCAAGUUGGCCCAACUUUUUCAAGUUUCAAUCUAUUUCUAUCCUUGCCAUUGGUAGCAACAGAUGAAAGGAAAAAUAGUCAGUGAAUAGUAAAUUACGAAACUAGACCAUUAAUCUUUGGUAUUCAAUUAGCACAAAGACACGUUUUAGCUUAAAGGAUAGCAAAUAGUGCAAAAUAACCCCUUUAAUUAAUAUAUCUUUUGAUCUGUCUUUUUGCGUUAUUUUGAAGUUAAAUCCAGAUGAGAUGACAUUUGUUCUGGGUGGUGAGAUGGCCAUGUGGACUGAUGAUUACUGCUUUGUAGAUCAGUGCUUUCUGUACAAACGAGGAAAACCUGACGCAUGGUGGAUGUUUGGACCCGAGAGCGAUUCACAGUUUACUGAGUCAGUGAGUGGAAUUGUAAGUAUCUCUAGUUGUAAAUACAGUAAACUUCCUCUUAUGACCCUCCCUCACUGAAAUUCUCCCACCUCCCCCCAGUUACAGGCCCAUUUACCUGUAAACAAAACAAUACACCCAGUUAUUAGCCCCCACGGAGAUAAGCCCCCACCCUCCCCCACUCAUAAGUUCCAGGCAGUAAAACGCUAGAAAGGUCCUUUGGAACAAUUGCAAUGUGUACGGAAUUAAGUGUCCACCAGAUUUCUGGAUUUUACCAUCUAAUGAAAACUAAAACAAGAGAUUUGAAGAGUUAAUUCCACGUAUUAUUAUUCCGGAAUGCAGUUAAUCGAGCUUGCUAUUAAGAGAGCCAGCGCGGCAAACCUGGCCAGCCCGUCCCUUGGAAUCAGGCCCUGAUACAGAUGUUCUUUAAUAGGUUUUUCGGGAUGCGGGAUUUCUCUUAUUUGAAGGCCGGGAUUUGGGAUUUUGAAGCGAAAAGAGAGCGAGAUUCGGGAUUGAAAAUAUGCUCGGGACGCGGGAUAACCAUUGGGAUUACGGGAUUGCAGGAAAAUAUAAGUCGGGAUGGCCUCAUUGAAGUAUUAUUCGGGGACACUCCGAUAUAUACUAAUGAGACAAUAAAAUUUCAGAUUUGGCCCAGUGCCAUUGUUGGAGCUGGUUCAUUUUGGAAUUAUCAGUCAAAACUAACUCCUGAUAGCAAAGAGUUCGCGAUGAUGAUAGAUACUCAGCACGAGGUGAGCCGUCAUUUUAGAUUUCUCGAGCAACUCAUUUGUCCUGACCUGUUUGGUCAAACGCAUUGUCUACCACUGGUAAGGUUACAGCCAAGUUAAAAGAAAUUGAGCAAACUUUCUGCACACCCUUCAACCGCCAGAGGGCGCCCGUGUGUAACCACGUCCCUUAUACCACUCGUGACGUCAUCAGGUUAACGGUCAUUGUCCAACCUCGUUUCCAGUGUUCUCUCUCUUGCUCCGAGAGACAAUGUUUCUUUCUUGAAGCAAGAGAGAGUACUCAGGGAACGAGGUUGGUCAUUGUCAACUUUGACACUUAACUUGCGCAGGGGGACAAGAUCUUUGAAACCAUACGCAAAUAAGCGCCGUUCAAUGAAACAUAAAUGAGAAAAUGGGCAACAAAUAAUGUAACUUUAACUAGAAAAUAUUCCAAUGAAACUCUUGUUUCACAAGCCCACUGAUCAAAUACCUUGAAAUGCACUUCUUGAACUUCGGGGAUUUUGCGAAAACCUCUUCCUGCUAAAAAUAAAGCACUGUAAAAACCCAGGAACAGAAAAAAAGACUUGGGAAAAGUGAAUAUUAAAAUCAAGGAGGAAAAAUUGACUGCGCGUGCCCUAACUUCGAAAGUGUAAUUUGGGUUUUUGACAUAAGGAUCGAGUAAAUUACAAAGCAAACAAAUUAAGCGUACUGAUUGAAUGAUAAAACAAUUAGUGAGCUUGGUUUGAAAAAAAUAAAAUAAUGGUUUCUUAUUGUCUCACAGAUCAAUUAUUUGCUACGUCCUGACGCCCUUGGCAUAGACCAAUAAUUGAUUUGCUGGUAAAUGAUCGUAACUGACGAAACACAUAACUUUUCUCUCCCUCCUCCAAUAAUUCUUAAUUGUUUGUUCUUGUAGAGAAUGGUGCGGCGUGGCAUCCUUACUUGUCCUUCCGGCUGUAAAUGUGACGUCCUCACUAGAUGUGGUCAAAAAUAUCCACAUUCCUUUUGACUAAUUCUUAGAAUAAGUUAGCUUAGGAAGAGUGAUUUUAUGUGGCAUAUCUUAUUUAUCUUAUCGAGAACUCCACUCACUGAAAGGUUUAGAGCAUAAAAUUUGGCUUAAGGUCACAAGUUUUGCGACAAAAUACCUGUUAGAAUAGUUCUUGAUGUGUUCUUUCAUGUGUUCAGGUUUUCUAAAGCGUCUUAAAAUGCCCUGCCCUGACAUCAUCAUUCAUAACAUUUGGAAUUUUCUACGCCAUAUUGGCACUGAAAGGUACGGAACGUUGCCAUGGCAAUUUUGUAAUUUCACAAGUGAAAUUAUAAAUUAAUGCUGAAAUUUCGUGCCAAAAUUAAGGAGUAAUCUAUCACCCAUGACGUGAUAUCACCCUUGACGGUGUUGGUUCCCCCGCCACCGGGUUGUCAUGGUUACCUCCCGUGCUGCCUUGCGGCUCCCUUCUUUUGACUAGGCUACUUCCCCACACCCAUUUCUACUGGUGAGGGGGUUAAUCAAGGAUUAGCUUAGCUACGUCAUGUUUUCUGCCUCUUGAAUUUUUUUGCUAAACUUUUCAAGUUUGUCUUUCCCAUUCAUGCUUAUAUCCUCAGCCAUCCUUAAUUUAUUGUAGUGACUAAUAACUCUGUGCAUGAAUUUUUUGUUUUCCUUGCAAGUCCGUUCGCAAGAUAUCUUUUUCAAAAAAUAAAUUUAUAUACAUACAAAUAAAAUUAUUAGACAUUGUACUUACUGCGUGCCUUCUCAUUGGCUAAAAGCCUACAGUUUAUUUUGAAAAUAAGCGCAACCACAGAUUAGUUAAUUAUCUGCUAGCAGAUAACUGACUUGUCUGCAGUUUGUGCGCGCAAUGCAUGAUUUGCAAGAGCAACGUCAAAGUAUAUUCUGUGCGACGGUGUGUUGUUAUCUUCUUCAAAACAAUGUGUGAUUAGUUUAGCUUUUUGUGAUAUCCGGAAUAAGCAAGUUCUCGGUAAAUGUUAUCAGCCUCAGCUUUCGGCUUGGCUGAUAACACCUAGACCUUGAUUAUUCUGGAUAUCACAAAAUCUCAUUCAAUAGGUGUUCAAUACAGGCAGUGGUUAACAUUUUAUUGACCAUGUUUGAAAAUAUGGUCGAUUAAAAUUUGCAAUAGUGCAUGCUUCACGAUUGACCAGGUGUGUACUUAAACUUGACAUUGCCCAUGCUGGGAGAGGAAAAUCUAUAAGUGUUUACAAUCGCACCAUUCACUAUUUAUGUGUUUUUGGGAUGAGAGAAGAUUGGAGAUUGUCGAGAAGAUUGAGGCGCACGGGGAUAAAUAAAUAACGACUGAGUACGAGUCUGGAGUAGUUGGCCGAGAGGGAUGGGCGAAUUAAUUCCCAAUCCUCACUUCCGUUUAAUAUUUUCUUCCGUUUUUCUGGGUUUCACUCCUUCGUCCUACUCUUUUAUUAACGCCACGGUUCGAAUACCCGUUACCCGGUUUUGAUGAAUAUACACAAAAGUUUCAUUUGCUGUUUCAAAGGUACAUCCCUGGAUGUCGAAAAUUGGUUUGAACACGUUUUUGUUUUACUGAGUCAUUUGGCUGCCCAGAGACCCGUGGCAAAGUUGUGGGUCACUACCAUGGUACUCUUUGAAAAUAUAAUGGAAUGAGUUUUUGGUGCCUUUAUGCUUCUUAUGACGUUGUAUGGCGAAACGAGGUCAAAUGGUUUUCAUCAAACUUCUGCUCGAAAGUUGGGUUUUCUUGCUUGAAAACCGAUUUACCUAGCGGGAUAAUUUAAUGACAGAAUCAGAAACUUGUCUUAGAAUAUGUGAAAAACGUCCUAGAAUAGAAAAUGUUUAGCGCCUCUGAGGUGGGAGUGGUUUGUUAAUCAAAUAUUGACUAUUCCAAUUCAAGGAGAAGUUAUUUUAAAAUGGUUUAAGGCAUCGAAGAGAUCAACAAUCACAGUAAACAUCUCGUUUUCUUCAGGUUUAAUACAACAUUACUUAUCUUAAGGUAACAUCAGAAACUAAACAUUGUAUCGUGCUACGUGUUGGGAUUAAGUAGAAGCAGUUCAACAAGCCGACCUAUAAGUCACCCCACGUAAGGCAAUCCAAGAUAGUCUGGGAUUCUGGAUUCCACGUCACGGACUCCGGAUUACAGGUACUCGAUUCCAGUCUUUGUCAGUUGAACUUGAAUUUUCAAUUCCAAUUGCUAGUGGGAGUCCGGAUUCUUUGAGCUGUACUCCGGACUCCAAAGUUCAGGAUCCUGGAUUUCACAUGCAAAUUUUUCACAGAUUCAGGAUUCCGUUACAUGGGGCGGUAUAACGGAUGAACCAUUAGGAAAGUAAAGGGGCUGGGUUGAAUUUUUGGCAGGUCUAUGAAGGUUUUCUCUUUACUCCUCAGGUGGAAAUCUAUUUUUCCUCCUUGAACAGCGUUUUUGAUCAUGGUGCGUGUGGAGAUUUUUUUCUUACUAAUGCGUUUCCCUUCCCCCAAUCUCCUAUCCUUUUUUCUAAUGGUGACAUCCCUAAAUUAAAGCAGCUCCUUUAAAUAAUAUAACUGAGGGAUGGCUAAAGGUCAAUGGCCUAGAGGAAAGCUAUCUAGAGGCGGCAAAAAUAGGUCAGAUCCUCGAUAGAAUGAUGAUAGCUUGAACGAUUGCUGUGAUUUCCUAGCGCCAAACCUCAGAACGUUGCUGUAUACGUGUUCUGAAACUGAUCUAUUUGAUAAAAAGCCCAACUUUUACAACCUAGCACAAUUACAACAAAACAUCAUUAAGUUAUUGGAGCGUCCAAAAUCUUAAUCUAAUCUCUUCCACUGUUUGGAUACUUUAAAGUCGACAUCAAUUUAAGCUGUUGGACCACUAACGCAAUAGUACACGAAAACGUCUUUUAUGAUUGAAAUGACUCGCAGUAAUUAAGAAACAAGAUUAAGAGUUAAACCUAGUUUAAUGGAAGAACAAAUAGUCUACGAGUGCAGAGACAGAGGCGGACCCAGCUCUACAAGGAAGUGGUGGUGGAAAAAUAGAGAAGGAAAAUAAAUCUUGUUUUCGGAUGAAAAUUAGAUUUCGGGUCCUUUUUCUUUUGCUUGCAGGCAUGGAAGGACUAUCUGGUAACGCUUUCCCUAAAAAAGGGUUGUUAAAAUAAGGCAAAAGUCACUCUAAUGAUUCUCAGACGGUCCAAUUCGCCAGCGGUCACUCGCUCCUGUCUCUGCGCAGGCUAUUCAGUGUAUCGUCCAAAACUUACUUUUAAAACUACGAGCAUAUUCAUUCCCAAACGUGGAAGGCAAAGUGUUUACUCUUGUAUGAAACGCUAAUAAUUUAUCCAUAUAAGUUAAACUCGUCUCUGAAGUCCCAUUUUACUUAAAUUUAAAAACAGUUUUAAUUAAGUGACACAAUGUGUGUCCCAAUAUAUAACAUAAGUACAAAAUGAAGACUACAGACUGCUCUCAGUGCAAAACAUUGUUUUUACCGUGCAAAUGGGAACGUGACAACAAUCGUCCCAUUGACAAUUGCAUAUGAAAUAAAUCAUAUAUGAGAACUGCGGAAAUGAAAUCAAAUGAAGAAAGAUCCUCGCGGUUGUGAACGCGAUUUAUGCAGUUGCGUAAGAAGGCUGAAAAACAUACCGGUGCGACGCUCCAACAAACUAAGCCAUGAAGCCACUGAUAGUCCCAUUGUUUUCUAACCCUGAAAACAAUGGUCUGUAGUCAGUCUGCAGUCUGCAUUUUUUACUGUCCACCAAUUUAUACAUUAAGGAUCAACAAGACAUGGGCAUAUUAAUUUUUUUUUUUUUAAAAAAAUAUAACUAGUUCAGCUGGGAAACCAGGGAUCAAUCAUACGAAACGUAAUACACCCUUUUUACCCAGGCCUUAAACCACUGAAUUGUGACCCGCGGUUCAAAAUCACGGUUCAGAAUGCACAAAAUACUUACAGUGCAUACUUAAAGUUUUUAAAAUUAUCUGAUUAAAAAGUGAAUCACCCUAGUGAAACCACGGCCACGCUUGUAUAUAGUUAAUUGGUUCGUCUCCAUUCCGUUAGGAGACUUGGGAUUCUUAACCCUCGGACGUACCCCCGACCCCAACGUUUUUUUUUUUUAUUAUUAUUUUUAGACGAUAAAACAUCAGCAGCUGACGUUUUCAGAAGCCGUUCGUUUAUCCCACGCGCGCAUUUUGAGACAAGUUUAGAGAUGGUCAGUUACUAUGGUUACAACAUAUGACGUCUUAAGUAGCAGGUGGCCAAGCCAUUUCUGAGUGAAAAUGCAUGUUGUUUCAACUUUUUUCAACAAUAAAAGAAAAACCUGUCAAUGAAAUGAUGCAAAGGGCUUAUUUAAAUGUUAUUUUACAUGCGAAGCACAAAAAAUUAUCAUUUAUCGCGAUUUUAACCCGAUUUCUAAUUCUUGGUGAAAUCCAAGAUGGCGACCAUUGUUGGUGACGUCACAGGCCUCCAGCAGCGCCACCACCUAUUAAAAAUAAGCCUCAUCUUGUUGAGUAGAUCAAAGGCUUUCCACUGAAAGCAAAAUCGUUUCGAAAUACUGCAAAUUAUCAUGAUCAAAAACUCUGGGGAGGGGUUCCAUCCACCCCUCCCCCUUAUACCACACUGAGGUAUGAAUUUGCGUGUACGUCCGAGGGUUAACCCUUUUAAAUUAAUUUGAAUUAUUUGUUUCAGUCAUUUACUUUAAAGCCGAGGGGAAAAAAACUGAAAAGGAAUUAUUAAGAUUAUGAUGAUGAUGAUUAUUAUUAUCAUCAAUAUUACAAUUAUUACAAUGCAAUUUUCCUUUGCCAAUUACAAUUUGCCGAUUAAGGUAGGUUACACGUCGAGAAAAGGGGCAAUCAUCUGUACUACUAUUCAGUCAUUUUCACGGGAGUAACGAAAUACUUGUAAACAACGUUAAGUUCUUUCCCCACGAAAAUUGUUUGUCUUUUUCCCAAGUUAAAAUUGAUAAGUGUAGCCGUGGCUAAUAUAGGGCUUCACAGUAUACAGUAUGCCCUUUGAUUUACAACGUUUUUUGAUGUUAUUAAUUAGAGAGAUUUAGAGUUUCCUUUAUACCGCAAACCGUGGAUUUGUACCACGUGACAAAGUGUUCCCUUUGCUUCUCGAGCUUUCUCGUUUGCUGUUAAAUAAAUCUACAAAAAAUUGUUAGUUUCAAGUUAGUUUUAUCCAUAAGAACUGCUUUGAGUUGUUUUCAUUUUAUCUUCAUAUUUUCUAUUUUGAGAAAUUCUCAACUUGAAUCUGUAGACGUUUGUCAUUUGCCGUUAGCGUGACUAUAAAUCUCUCUAUUUAAUAUCUUCUGACAAAAAAUGACUAAAAUGAAAACACGCUUUUUUACCAAACGCCCCAUUGAGGACAGCUAUUAAAUAACGCACUUCUUUCUUUGGGGAAAUCCAGAUAUAUACACUCUACUUCAGCAGUUGUGUUGACAUCAAACUUUCAGCGCAUCCCUGUAAAGAAAGUAACAAUUGAUACAUUAAUUAAUCUUUCAUUUCAAAAAAAAAUGAAGGUCAAAGCGUUAAAUUUUAGGAUGCCAUGGAUGAUGAUAUGAAAAAUAGCAAAAUGAAGAACAUUUAACAUCUUAGACAUAUUUGUUCGUUUUGAAGCUAUGAAUUUCUCUACAUAUAGUGCUAAUCCUGUAGAAAAAAGAAGGAAGCUCAUUCCCUAUGUAUAUCUUUCAUCCACACCUGACCUAAAGUAUUUAACAAUUAAGAACAUUAAGCAAUGCCUAGUGUUCAAUUGAUUUUUGAAAUGUGUUGGUAGCCCGUUAGGAAUAGCAUUUACUUGAGUGAAUCGAUAAUAAUUUAACACUUACCACUUUACCCAUCCUUACUUUAUACAUAUUUUUAUUCUUUUUACUAUCGAGUCUGUCAUUUUCCUCUUAUCUGAAUUUGACAAGAAUGGUUCUAGCUUUUCUUCUUAUGCCUUUUGUCACUAGAACAGCAAGAAAAAAAAAUUCCACUUACGACUUUCCAAUUCAAUCUUAACGUCAUCGCCCAUCAAAACAAAAGGAGCCCAGUACUUUGGAGCAGAAUAAUCUUGGGAGUCUCGAAGACAUUUCAUGGCCCUCUGAAGAGCAACACUUGCACUUUCUCCUCUUGCAAGUUCUUGGUAGAAAGAUUCCAUAAACAUCUUUGUGGCUUCGUCAUCAAUUGCCCAGAGUGUCGCCAGCACGGAACGAGCACCAGCAAACAAGAAAGCACGUGCCAUACCGACCACACCCUCAGACGAGACCUCUCCUUGACCACUGUGGCAGCAACUUAGCACAACCAGUCUCGCUCUCAGCUUAACAGCUUGUAUGUCAGACAUUUUCAUAAUGCAGUCCUCCUCCUUAGGAGGCUUGGAUUCACAUCGGAGAUCUGGAGCCAAAACAAUUUCUCCAGUUUCCUUUUUUCCGUGGGCUGCAAUGUGUACUAAAGCAACUGACCCGAUUCUCUGAAGUACCGCUUCUUUGGUUGCAUCUUCACCUGUUAAAGUUUGACUCUUUAGAAUUCCUCCAAUCAUCUCCACUUCCUCUUUUGCGUGCUUCAGAGGAUCAUAUAUGGGGUUCCCCCGUUUAUUUGUAAUUUUCUUCAAGCAUGGAUCUCCAACAAGCAGGGCUCCACUUUUACUGUGGUAUUCACAUGGAGAAUCUAUGAUGACUUUCAAACUUGUCAGUGAGGGAACAGUGCGGAUCCUUAAAGUUUCAGUCAGGGCUGCCCAAGGAGCUUUAGACAGAGCGCCGUCAGGAACUACAAUUAGUUCAUCGCCAUCAAGCAAGUCUUCAAUGGGACCAAGAACUGCAUCAUAUAAUGGCUGUAAUUCGCACCGAUUUUCGCACCUGUUUUUCAAAACAGUGUCUAAAAGGAGAGUAAUGGAAUCUUUGUGUUCAUGACCAACUUCUAUCUCCCUUUGCCUAAAAAUAGGGUUGCCCUCUUUUCCCAGCACCCAGAUAUUGACUGUUUUCGAAUGAAGGGCAAGAAAGAUUGUUAAAACAGUUGUCUUCCUUGAAAUAUUUCUGACUACUUCUUCAGAUUCAAUUGACCUGGGAGAAAGUGAUGUAAGGCCAUAAGUUCCUUUUAAGGCAUCGAGCAAAGCCUGUGCUCGUCCCCUCUCAGCAGCGUAUAAAGCCUCAUCAUUCCUUUCAAGCAUUACUAAAAGCUGCCAUAAACGAGUAUAUUCAAAUUGAUAUUUCUUUCUGAAACUUAUUUUCAAUUCAUCUUCCGAGAUAGAACUAGCUCUAAUAGCGUCAUAGACUUUUACACUGCAUCUAAAAUGUUCUAAAGCCUCAUUCCAAGAAUCUGCAUACAAAAAACAUUGAGCCAGACUGCUAUGGGCACAUGCUUCUCCCUUCCUGUCACCGAAUUCCUUGGCAAUACUCAGGUGUUUCUUGUAACACUCUAUUGCUUCCUUCAAGUCGUCGAGAUUUGUAUAGCAUCUUCCGAGGCGGCAAUAGGCCAGUCCUAGUCCCUUCCUGUCACCGAUUUCCUCGGCAUUGCUCAGGUGUAGCUUGAAGAACUCCAUUGCUCCUGUCACGUUGCCGAGGGAAUAACGAAGUUGGCCGAUGUUUAAAUAGGCACUUCCUUUUUUUUCUCUGUCACCGACUUCCUUGGCAAUGCUCAGCUGUUCAUUGUAGCACUCCAUUGCUUGACUGAAUUCUUCAAGUCUGUGAUAAGUACCGCCGAGUUCGCCAUAGGUCUUGCAUUCCAGUGCCCUGUCACCUACUUCCUUGGCAAUUUUGAGGCAUUCUUUGGUGUACUUUAUUGCUCGUUGGUAUUUGCCGAGACAUGAAUAAAUAUGGCCGAGAAUGCCAUAGCCUUGCCCUUGCCCUGUCCUGUGACCAACUUCCUUGCAAAUGAUGAUGCUUUUAUUGGUGUACUCUAUUGCUUGUUGGUAUUCGCCGAGAUUUGUAUAAAUAUUGCCGAGAUUGCCAUAGCAUUGCAAUUGCACUUCCCUGUAACCAACUUCCUUGGCAAUGAUGAGGCCGUUAUAGAUGUACUCUUUUGCUCGUUGGUAUUCGUCGAUUGCCAUAUAAUUAUAGCCGAGUUGGCCAUAGGCUUGGCCUUCACAUUCCCUGAUACCAACUUCCUUGGCAAUGCUGAGGUGUUGAUUGUGGUACUCUAUUGCUUGUUGGAAUUUGCGGAGGGAGGCAUAAGCAUAGCCGAGAUUUCCAUAGGCACAUCUUUCACCUCUCCUGUCACCAACUUCCUUGGCAAUGCUGAGGUGUUGAUUGUGGUAGUCAAUUUCUCGUUGGAAUUCUUCAAGGCUGUGAUAAGUAUAACCGAGAUUGGCAUAGGCACAUCCUUCACCUGCCCUGUCACCAACUUCCUUGGCAAUCCUGAGGUGUUGAUUGUGGUACUCUAUUGCUCUUUGGAAUUCAUUAAGGCUGUUGUAAGCAACACCGAGACUGGCAUAGGCACAUCCUUCACAUGCCCUGUCACCAAGUUCCUGGGCAAUCCUGAGGUGUUGAUUGUGGUACUCUAUUGCUCUUUGGUAGUCACCGAGGGAUUGGUAAGCAUGGCCAAGAUUGCAAUAGGCACUUUUUGCUGAUUCUGCUCUGUUACCGACUUCCUCAGCAAUGCUCAGGUAUUGCUUGAGGUACUCUAUUGCUUGAUGGAACUCCUCGAGGCAGAAAUAUGUUCUGCCUAGAUUGUGGUAGGCUUCUGCUUCCUCUUCCGUGUUUUUAAAGAUUUGCGCUUUUGUAAGACGCUUUGUUUGUUCAUGUAUAUAUUGUAUCAUUCUUUCUGCCAUUUCCAAGUUUUAGUAUUCAAAGUGGAACUGUUUCUUUGCAGUAAGGUUUCUUUAAGGAGCGUUGAGGUGGAGAAAAAACAAAAAUAAUUCUCAUUAAUACAUUUGAAUUCCCAUUAGACGGGUAAGACAUGACAGAACUUUCCACUCCUUCCAUCCUUGAUUCACUCUAACUGACGCUUCUCCGGAAUUAUUUUCACAAUUUCUGAAUUGGUGUUAUAAGACAAUAUUUCUUGACUUCCCGUGGACAAUUACUUCGAAAUAAACGUAUAAUUCCUGUCAGAAACAUCGCCGAGCUAAUUGAGUAUGUGCUACCCACGCAUAACAAUAACGUUACCAAACCUCGUGCGCUGAAUACGUUUCUAGAUGGACUUGCAGAGUUAGGAGUCGAUAAGGGUUUAAUCAAGAACAAAAAGUUGCUAAGCGUUUUAAUAGACAAGGAAAAAGGCUAGCGAAAUGCAGAAAAUACUACUGAUAACGAGAGUAAUAAUGAGGAGGUUUCAUUGGAUAUUUAAAAUUAGGAGGGGAAGGAUGAGGAGGAGGAGGAAGUGGCUUCUCAGUGAGAAUGGUGUUGAAGAUGACUCCCAAGAGAGCUACAACGACAUUGAAAAACGACCACAGUCAGGAAACAUAAAGUAGUAGCCUUGAAACGUUCACCACCUUUCACUCUUAAAAUCGGUGUGAACAUUGUGAGAAUUCUAAAGUGUACGGAAUAUUGAUCAUAAAAUGUCCAAACUGCUUCUGGCACGAUUACUACUGACAAGAUUUGUCCUAUAUUUGAUCACCAGAUCCCCGAGGAGAGAAAUUACAUCAAAGAGUGCUUUCAGGAUUGUGGAGCAAUUACACACAAAAAAGCGAAGACGUUGGAAACCAAUUUUUAUUUUCCUUCCAAAGAGGAGAACGAAGAAGACGAUUAUUAAAUUUUUUAUUCCUUUCAAAUCGCUGUGUAUUUAGCUGUAUUUGACUCUUUUUGUCAUUGGUCUUCAAUAAAGCUUUGAAAACGGUAUCUCGUGUCCGGUUUUAUUGUGAGCGUUUAUUAGUCGCGUGUUUUAAUUGAUCCUUCUUACGUUUUUUAUUGUAUUGUGUUUUUAUAAUAAUAAGUCAAAGUUCAAAAAAUGAGUCCGCUGCCCGGCGACAAUAACAUUACAUGCAAAUUUCAGAGAGACCACAAACUAGCAAACCAUAACAAAUUUUACAUUGUUUGCCUCACAUAGAGCAGAAAUAAAAGCGAUUUAAUGUAUAAUAGUAAUUUUCCUGAAAACCUUUCUGGCAGUACAAAUCACAUAGUCCCAAUUUAAAAGGCAGCUGUUUGAGGAAAGAUGUCUUGACUAAAUAAGUUCGUGACCUCAAUUUCUUAUUAAUCGAUGCAAGACUUAGUUUCACACAUUUAUGCACAAAGCAGGUCUUUCUUCGUUAGCUAUUGUCAUAUAAAUAAAAAUUAUUAUAAUUCUGUGACAUCUACAAAGUGAGAGAUCCACAUUUAACCCAAAUUAUCCUGAAUAUCCGGUGUUGCUUGUGGGAGGAGGGGUAGGGGUGGGGGUUUGGAGGCGGGGGAGGGGUGGAAAGGAAGUGGAAAAGAGUAGCGGAAAAGGGAGACAGCGAAGGGAGAGAAACUCAAAUCGGUCAAAACAAUAUUCUAGUCGGACGUUUUGCUUAACAUGGGACAAACAUACUUUGCUUCGCGGUCGCAAACCGGUCUAAACUAAAAAGGAGAGGGAAAAAAACUACGGCAGGAAAUCAAAAUAAACCUUGCAGAAAUAUCUGAUUAGAAAAAUUCCAAGUUAAAGGAGACUAUUUCUUACCUGGACGAUUUGAUCUCUGUGAAGAAAUUUUCAACGGAGUUUUGAAGUGUUCUCUAGUGGGUGGAUUUAAAUGCAGAGGACUAUCAAAUAUAUAGGGUGGCCGAUAGAAACAAAAAAACCACAAGACAACAACAACAACAAAAAUAGGAAAGAACAAACCCAAAACAGAAACACAUAAGACUAAACGGAAACCCAAAACAGAAAAAAACUACCAGAAAACAGAAACACAAAUCCCCAAACGGAAAUAAGCAUCCCAAACCGGAAACACACAUAAAAAUACAAAAUUAAAACGCAAAACUGAAAGAGAAUUUAAAAAUACAAACCAUAGCCACAAAAGACGAAAAAAGAAACAAGUAAAUAGCGUAAAACUAUAGUUUCUCAUGUUUCAUCGUCUUUUUUUAAAACAGGCGUUUUUCAGGGAGAGCAUGAUCUCAGGCUAUUAUUAUCUAAGAACAUGAAACUGUAAAUCAAACCUGGCGUUCAAAAUACAGAGAUUGACUCUGACCUGAACAUUAGGGAGGCCGAUAUUAAGGGUUACCAUUCCAGCCUGAAAAAUGCAGCAGUUCAGAAUAGACUAGGGUCACGGGGCCUAACUGGCUAUUUACGCGAUGACUUGUUUUUGCUACUAAAGAAAUUCAUUUCAUUUUUUCUUUCAUAUUGAAAUUUGGUAAUCCCACUGAUGUUUAAAUAACAAAAGCCCUAACUUGCACAAGAAAGCAAAACCCUGAAGGAAUCUGGUAUAGUAAAAUGACGCCAUCGUGCAAACGGCCCUUUUUAGAAUCCUUCAGAAUUUGGUUUUCUCAUGCAAAUUAAGGCUUCCGAAUUUACCGAAUUAAAUAUGAAAAAAUGAAAUGAUACUGGUCAUAUUUUUAACUUGACACUAUCGUGAAAAGCCCCGUCCACACCAAUCAGGAUAUUUCUAAAAGCGCAUUUUUAUAUAUUUUUCACAUGAAUCGGCCUUCCGUCUGGUGUCCCGUCCACGCGCGAAACCAGUGAAUCCUCUCUCCUAAACAUUAGGCUGAUUUAGCAACAGAACGGGAACAUCAGUUGACGACAGGAAAGCGCGCGGAAAGGACUGAAAUUUGCUGCGCUGCCAUAGGUCAAGCCAGCUUUUUGACUUGCGCGCGUCGUCGUCAACUGACGUUCCCGUUCUAUUGCUAAAUCAGCCUACUAUCUUUUUGAAACUUCUCUCCGGAGUGGUUUAAGGCCCCGUCUAUACGAUUCCAGGUAGAAAGUUAUGCAGUUUCAAAAAUUAGUAUGGAUUCGUGUGCUCGUGGCCUAAAAUAGUUCAAGGUAGCUUUUGCUGAAUCCAGUCUAGAAUGUCCUUGUAAACCACGCUCGCAGUUUCUUCCACCUCAUUCAAAAAAUCAUGGCGCCCAUUCUUUUAUAUCUGCUAAGCAAGUUUUACAAGCAGUUGUGUUAAUAAUGAAAUAGUAAUAGGUAGAUUUAGAAAUGAUAACGCGAAAUUGGCCAAAGUAGGAAAACAACAACAAUAAUAAUCGCCAUAUCAUUCUUUAGACUCCCGUUUGGAGACUAGAAUAUGAUGAAGGAUAAAAGCAUUCCCUUUUUCGUGAUCAUUUUAUAAAUUCUGUGAACCUUUUCUCUUAAAAAUAUGUUGAAAUUGUUAGGAGAAAAUUAAUAUUGGUCAUUCUUGUGGCUAAAAGGGUUAACACAAAUCACAACUGUUGUUGGGAUAAGUUCAUAAUGAUUAGAACAUCCUCGAAGACCCAGGGGCAGCUAGUCGUGACGAUAGAAUCGUCCCGACUACAAUACUCGUCACAAAUCGUUGAAACAGACACCGUUUCUCUUGAAUUUUCUGGAAAAUUCUUGAGAUUUUUACUCCUCACACUUUUGUUCUCACUGUAAUGUGCCCUCUCCCUCCCCAAUGUUGAGCCACGCGUAUUUUGAAGCACUGAGACCACUGUAAUACCCAAAUCAACAUUGGGGAAGUGUUUCAAGAUUUUUGACGAGGAUUGUAGCUGCCCCUGGGUCUCCGAGGAUGCACUUAGAACGAAGCGGCCGAAUCUCCUACCCAACUUCGUUCCCAGGUUCUCUCUGCUUGUAGGAAAGAACCCUGGGAACGAGGUUGACUCCUAUCCCGGCCAGGGUAAUAUCACCACCUCUCCCUGCCCUCUUGAUAUUCCGUCAUGCGUCCUAACCAUUUAGUCUAAAUAGAGAGAACGUUUUUUUUUCACACAAUUUUAUUUGAACAAAAGAAAGUUUUUUCAUAGGAAAAAGGUUCAACUCCCACAAGAUUUGUUUGGUACACCACAAUGGCCACCGUUUCAUUGUUUUGUGACAUGAAUAACGAAGCUCUGAAGGUGCAGCACCCUGUUUGGUAGAUUUCUUUUUUGCUAUCGCAAGAGUCAUGUAGUCAGAUCAAACGUUAUCGAAAUGGCAAAAUGAUCGUCGCCUUAAUCUCUAAGAUCGUCGUUUCGUCAAUAUAGCGACCGUCGCUACUUCGAUUUCGUCGGAAAUACCCAUAAAGAGGCUAUUAGUUCGCUGCUGUCUGUAAAGCAGCUCAUUCGUGUACCUUAAAUGUCUUGUCUUUACUUGGAGAAUUCUCGUGCAAGUAUUGGGAACCGUGAAUUUUCCAUGAUCUAUUUUGUUUUUAGCUCGCUGCUGUUAGUAAAGUUUGUUAUGAUUUGUGUGUCACAUUAUGUAAGGAAAUGCAAGACAGUCUUGGAUUCUCUAUUCCACGCUGUGGAUUCGGGAUUCCAGACAAUAAAUUUUGGGUUCCUUGUUAAAUUAACGCUGACAUUUUGCGCUAAAAGUAAGGAGUAAUCUGUCACCCAUGAUAUUAUUGAGUUUACGAACAGGACGGCAGGAAUAAGAGGACGUCAAAACUCUUGUGUGGGACAAACGUAACAGGGCUAUUACUUGCGAGUUUUGUCGUGAUCUUCACUUAUCAUUAAUAUUUUCUCGUCUUUUGUAAAAAGAUCUCUUUAAAGAAAAGUGAAGUUUGGCGGAAAGUAAUUUCAUCCAAAUUUUUGUCACGCUUGUCACAGAAGGUUUGCCGUCUUCUUUUCUCUUCCGUCCUGUUGCGUGAGCUCCCUAUUAUCAGUGUGACGAUGCGUGUUAGUUCCCGCUCACCAGGUUGUCAUGGUUACCUCUCGUGCUGCCUUGCGGCUCUCUACUUUUGACCAGGCACCUUCAUUACACCCAUCUACUGGCGAGGGGUUUAAUCAAGGACUAGCUACGUCAUGUUUUCUUCCUCUUGAAUUCUUUUGCUAAAAUUUUCAAGUUUGUCUUUUCAGGUCCGCACUUAUAUUCUCAACCAUCC